AAAUAAAAUAAAAAAGAAGAACAAAAUAAUAAAAAGCAAAAACGUACAGUGCCUCCGGCCAGUAAGACGGACAUCAGAAUAAAAUUAGGAGAUAAGGCUUGUCGGAGAUCAAAACUAUGGGAAGAAGAAAAGUGGAGAUCAAACGAAUUGAGAGCAAAAGCAGUCGACAAGUUACUUUCUGUAAACGACGCAAUGGUCUCAUAGAGAAAGCUCGUCAACUCUCGAUUCUCUGUGAAUCCUCCGUCGCUCUUGUCAUCGUCUCUUCCACCGGAAAACUCUACAGCUUCUCCUCCGGCGAAAGUAUGGCCAAGAUCCUCAGUCGUUUUGAAAUACAGCAGGCUGAUGAUCCUGAAACCUCAGAUCUUGCAGAAAAGGGUAUGAAUUAUCUUUCACAAGAGGAGUUGCUAGAAAUAGUCCAAUGCAAGCUUGAAGAAGCGAAAAGCGAUAAUGCAAGUAUAGAUUUUCUAAAUUCCCUGGAAGAGCAGCUCAAGACUGCUCUCUCUGUAACUAGAGAUAGGAAGACAGAACUAAUGAUGGACUUUGUGAAGACCCUUCAAGAGAAGGAGAAGCUACUGAGAGAAGAGAACCAGAUUUUGACUAGCCAGCUAUCGAAGAAGAAGAAGUCUCUGAAACCAGAGGGUGCAAGAGCAAUGUCACCGGGAAAAAGCUCCGGAAAGAACCCACGGGAGACUCUCCUGCUUCUGAAGUAACCACCAUCACCAACGGCUACUGAUUCAAAAACUAAAAAGUGUAUAAAAAAAAUCUGAUUAUGGAAAGAUACAUAUAUGAAAUACCACCCUCUUCUUUCCCCUGCUACGGAGAGAUUUGAGGGAAGAAGGCAUCAAAUAAAUGUAUUUGAUUUGUAUUAUUACCUUCGGAGACAAGAUAAUGAAUAAAUAUUGUUUCUUA